CCGGGAGAGUGCGAGAAAAGAGGCUUGUAGUCCUGGCUUGCAUGUGGUCUAGAAACCGAGAAGGGAUAUAUGGACUGGUCAAAAGAAUGGAUUUUACGGAGGCUUACAAUGAUACAUGCUCCAUGGUUGGACUUGCUGCCAGGGAAGGCAAUGUUAAAAUCUUAAGAAAACUGCUCAAAAAGGGAUGUAGCAUCGAUGUUGCGGAUAACAGGGGAUGGAUGCCAAUUCAUGAAGCAGCUUAUCACAACUCUAUAGAAUGUUUGCGGAUGUUAAUUCGUACAGAUUCAUCUGAAAACUACAUUAAGACAAAGACUUUUGAGGGCUUCUGUGCGUUACAUCUUGCUGCAAGUCAAGGACAUUGGAAGGUCGUACAGAUUCUUUUAGAAGCUGGAGCAGAUCCUAAUGCAACUACUUUAGAGGAAACCACGCCACUCUUUUUAGCUGUUGAAAAUGGACAGAUAGAUGUGUUAAGGCUGUUGCUUCGACAUGGAGCAAACGUUAAUGGAUCCCAUUCUAUGUGUGAAUGGAAUGCUUUGCACCAGGCUACUUUUCAGGAAAAUGCUGAGAUCAUAAAAUUGCUUCUUAAAAAAGGAGCAAACAAGGAAUGCCAGGAUGACUUUGGAAUCACACCUUUAUUUGUGGCAGCUCAGUAUGGCAAGCUAGAAAGCUUGAGCAUUCUUAUUUCAUCGGGUGCAAAUGUCAAUUGUCAAGCCUUGGACAAAGCUACUCCCUUGUUCAUUGCUGCUCAAGAGGGCCACACAGAAUGUGUGGAGCUUUUGCUGUCCAAUGGGGCAGAUCCUGACCUUUACUGUAAUGAGGACAAUUGGCAGUUACCUAUUCAUGCAGCUGCACAAAUGGGACAUACAAAAGUCUUGGACUUGCUGAUACCACUUACUAACCGGAUCUGUGACACUGGGCCAGACAAAGUGAGCCCUGUUUACUCAGCAGUGUUUGGAGGGCAAGAAGAGUGCCUGGAAAUGUUACUCCAGCAUGGCUACAGCCCAGAGGCCCAGACGUGCCUUGUCUUUGGAUUUAGUUCUCCCAUGUGUAUGGCUUUCCAGAAAGACUGUGAAUUCUUAGGAAUUGUGAAUAUUCUUUUGAAAUAUGGAGCCCAGUUAAAUGAACUUCAUUUGGCAUACUGCCUGAAGUAUGAAAAAUUUUCAGUAUUUCGCUACUUUUUGAAGAAAGGUUGUCCGUUGACACCGUGGAAACAUAUAUCCGAAUUUAUAAAUCAUGCAAUUAAAGCACAGACAAAAUAUAAGGAAUGGUUGCCAUCUCUUCUGCUUGCUGGAUUUGAUCCACUGAAUCUACUAUGCAGUUCUUGGAUUGACUCAGUCAACGAUGAUACCCUUAUCUUCACUUUGGAGUUUACUAAUUGGAGGAGACUUCCUCCAGCUGUUGAAAAGAUGCUGUCUGCUCGUGCCUCAAACUCCUCUUGGGCUCUACAGCAACAUAUUGCCGCUGUUCCAUGCCUGGCUCACCUUUGUCGUUUGGAAAUUCGGUCCAGUCUAAAACCACAACACCUACGAUCUGACAGUUUUAUCUGUCAGUUGCCACUUCCCCGAAGCCUACAUAAUUACUUGCUCUAUGCAGAGGUUCUGAGGAUGAAUGAAGUUCCAGAACUGGCAGUUAUUCAAGAUGGAGAAAUCAGCGAAGCUACUUAACUGAGCUCAUGUCUUACUCUGAAAACCACCAAGACAAAGAGCCAUGGAAUUCAAAGUCUUCAUGAUUUUAUGGUCACAACAGAUGAUUUUUGUUUGAAUGGUUGGUUAGAUUUGGAGGUGGGAGCAGUAGUUUAAUGCAAAUGUUUACAACUGGGCUUCCUGGUAAAAAAAUAUUGUAAACCUCACUCACAUUACUCUAUUGCAAUUUCAUCACCAGUACAUUUUAUGUUGUAAUAUUUACUUACCUAACCAUUUUCUGCUUUAUUCUGUUAAUGAACUGUGAUGCUGUUUGUAAGGCUAAAUGUGGCAUAUUUCCACUUGUGAUUCUGUAUUUACAUAGGACCAGAUGCUUAGAAUGGAAUGUGUAAAACUUCACUGGAAGUGCACACAAUGGGUUUGAAUCUGUUAUUUUAUUUGAGAUUGAAUAUCUCAUAUUUAUAAAAGAAUUAUAGCUCAUUCUCAUCUCUUAAUUCAGUCACUUUUAUGAAGAAUUGUUAUUUAUUGUUUUUUUCACAGGUAAACUCAGGGGAGAAUUAAAAAAAGAAGAAUAUAGAAAAUGCAUCAUUUUGCUGUUUUCUUUUUUCUUUCCAGUUCCUUGAUAAUCUCUGGCUAAAAAAGACUCCUUUUCUGCAAAGGCAAGAACAGACUUCACUUCAAAGAUAUGCUUAGUUGAGAAAAAAAUUAGGUUGAUAUUGAGAUAAAUGAACAUUUUGCCACAUUUAGAAUACUAAUCAGGAGACUGGGAGGGACAUUUCUGUGGUACCAUCUUUAAAGAAAGAAAGGUAUGUAUUCCUGAGUCACUCAGUAUCAAAUAAAAACAUUCAGGCUUCAUUCAGCCUCCAAACCAGGGCAGCUUUGAUCCUAUGAAAUAGUGAUUGCCAGUUCUAUUAAUAUUGUAGUGUUUUUCCUUUUUAUUAUCUAGAUAGGUUAUCAAAUGGUCCAUGAAAUGUAGACCUCAGAGUCCUAGGUUAAUGAGACACUGCCUCAUUGAUUUUAUAAUUGCUCAGUAUGAAUCUAGAGUCACAGAGGACUAAAUACUGGAUCAAGUGAGCUGUGAUAAGAGGCUGUGGGGACCAACCUUGAGAGAAAGGUUAUGAAAGCAUUACCGACAUAAUAGACAACUAGUGAUGGGGUCCAAAGGAGGGCAGGUCUUCUGUCCGGUUGGGGUCCUGUGGCUUAAAAUAGAUGGGGCGGGUCAGCUGGCUCCAUCUCUGAUAGGCUUUUGCUGUUUGAUAAAAGCAGUGAUGAAGGCAGACCAAAUGAUGGAGACGUUAUUAAGGUCCAGACUGAACUCAGACAGAAUAGAGCUAUAAUUGCUGCCUGUUGGGUGGAGAUAAUGUUUGAACGUAGGUAUACAGGCAGAAGGGUAGAUAGGGAAGCCAGAUGGAAAUGCUGAUACUCAAUGUAAUAAAAAAUUUCAAUAAUGUAUGUAUUAUGUAGUAUUUUUUAAAUGUCCUAAUUUUAUUUUUCCAAAUCUUAAGUCUUUAAUUUUUAACAUAACCAGUUUUUCAUUAGGGCCAAAUAUACAUAGAAUGUUUACAUUUGAGGGUGAAUAUUUUCAUAUGCUUUUGUUCAUGUUCAAAUAUGUAAUUCAAGUAUCUAUAACUUAUUGAGCUCUUGUUUAAAAAAUCUAAAAAUUAAUAUUUCAGAGACAUUUAAAAGUCUUUGGUAUUUAAACAGAUAAUCACUUACUCUGUAUAAUGUAUCUUUCUUUUAGACUAUUUUAUAAUAAAAUGUUUAGGAAUUUUAGGACCCAUUGCAAGGACUAAGUGAGAAAUCUAAAAGUACCUAAAAGUAGUUGAGUUAUAGUUAAUAGCUUCUGAUCAAAAUGAUAAUUCUAGUUAGUGUGGACCUUAAGCCCUGCACUACAGGUGCUUUAACACUCUGUUUAAAGUCGCAGUGAGCCUAAUGAAGAACCCCAUAUAAUAGUUCUCUAAUGGUGGUACAUAUUACCAGAGCAGGACACAAAUCAGCUAUAAUAACAAUUGCCAAGAGUUCACUCUUCUUUGGCUCAGUGUAUCCUUUAAGUAUAUUUCCCACUGAUUUUUCCUGUUACAGGAUUUUUUUUCUGUGGUGAUUCAAUGUAAAGGCAGUAACCUGAACACUGUUUCUUUAAAUUUCCAUCUCUCUUUUGCCAAAGUAGCAAGUGUCUUGCUUGAUGUACAGCUUCCCGGUGGCCAUACUUCCUAGAGAUCACUUACACUCCUUCUGGUCUCAUGAUCACCUGUGACAAUGAUAAUCCUUGAUAGGCAGCUUAAGUGUUAUAUGUCACAUGACCAGUCGAUAUCUCUAACUUUAUUUUAUGUUUAGUAUUAUUUUUUAAUCUCUAACUUUAAAACUGUUCUUCCUACCUAAGUCCAUUUGUAAACCUAAAAAUUGUGAUGUUUUAGUAUUAUGUCAGGUAUAGUUGAAGACAUAUGAAUAUUUUUUGAUUGAUUACUCCCUAAAGUUCUCUAACUUUGUUGGUCCUCAAAAAGUUAUAAGUAGUAACUAAUAAGAAUAUAAAUAACUACAUAUCUUCUCUGGAACAGUGGACUUGAUGGUUCCAUCAGCAUGGGAUAUAGAAAGAAAUUGAGAAAUUUCAUCUAAAAGUUCACCUUUCACUUUUAUACUCUUCUGUAGUCUCAGAGGUAUAUUCCCCUAAUUGUAUUUCUUAGUUAUAGAAAUAUUUGUUUGAAGAGGAACUAACUCUUGGUAUAAUUAUUGUCAGCAGGUGCUUAGUCUAUUUUGGAAAGAUUUUAAAUGGUGAAAAUGAUUGAAGGGCUAGUGAAGUUGCUAGUAAUGUGGCCUUUUUCAGUUUUAUGAUCCUGUGUUUUAGAUCUAACAGUUUGGGGAAAUAACCAGUAAAACUAUGCUCUGCCUUUUUCUCAUUUCAUGAAUUCAUUCUCUUUGUAAAGCAAAUGGCCACUCCGCCCACUGGCUUCAUCCAAAUACUCAAUUUAAAGAGAAUCUCUAAGCCAAAGAGAUCUCUGAAGCUUUUCCUGUGAGCUGGGAACAUAAUAGCACCUUGGGUACUAUUAAUGCUCUUGAAUUUCCUAUACAAGGAAGCUUUUGCUUCCUCCCCUCUCUUAUCUGAAGCAGCCAGUCACACAUAACUGAGCUAUUAAGACUAAUAUGUAGAUGAGAGCCCAAACCAAGAGAUUCCAUUACUCAUGGCUCCAUAUGACUUGGAGUAGUUACCUGAAGGAUAACUGAGAGUGAGUGUACCUGCAUUAGGAAAGGAGUGCUAUAUUCUAUUUAGAGCUAAUGUUGGCUGAGUUUACACCUGCACAUUAUCUGUGUAAAAAAGCAGUGUUUAUGACUUCAGGUAAAUAUGGCCUAUGUUUGAGGGCUUAGAGACUAUCAAUGGCAACUUGAUUGUUUUUUUUUCUCUGUCCUUUUUUCAUUUUUUAUCAAAACAUUUAAGGAAAAUUUAAUAUUCCUUUGUGCGACUGUUGAGAUUUCUUGUUUUACUUUCUUUCAUUUUUCUCUUUGAGAUAAAUUUGUCUGUUUAUCCUCCUCUACAUUUAUUAUUAUUGUUAUUGUUAUUAAAUGAUAAGUGGUUAUUAAAGCAUAAUACCUUGCAGUAAAUAAACUGCGUUUUUGUUGGAGUCAAUGAAAAUCUGUGGUUUUAAUGAGACAGGGAACUGAUUAUGCUUAGUAUUUUUGUCACAUAUCGUUAGAAAAAUAUAUAGCCUUAUUUGCAACAACAUGUCAGUAAUUUAUACUGAGAGGAGGCCAGUACGAAUUAUACUUUUUAGGAAAACUUGUACUUUGAAACAUACUUUGGGCACAGAUUUUAAGUACAUAUCUUCAUUUACUUUAGUGAAUAAAACAUUUACAUUUUAAAUAAAGGACAUUUAUUAACCUGCCCGAUGCUAAUAAAAAUCUUUAAAAAAUGUUUUUCAUACCAUUGUUGCAGUAAAGAUUAGUAUCUGCAUGA